UCACAGAUGAGCUUACAUCCCAUCAACAGGAAUGAGGGUCUGUGAUUGGUUAGAUUCCCACAUGUAACCUUUGACCCUCAAAAUGGCGGGCGAUGAAAUUAUGGACUCAAAUUUUGGGCAAAUUUUAGUGAAUUUGGACAAAUUACGGACACUAGUGAGGCAAUAUGUUGAUGCGCAUCAGUACAGCUCUGCACUUUUCUGGGCAGACAAAGUUUCAUCCCUUUCAAAUGGAGAAGGCCAGGAUAUCUAUUGGCUGGCCCAGUGUAUGUUCCUGACAGGGCAGUAUCACCGAGCCUCUCAUCUCAUCAGGAGUAAAAAGUUAGACAAGAAAAAUGCUGCUUGCCGGUACCUUGCUGCAAGAUGCCAUGCAGAGGUGAGAGAAUGGCAGCAGGCCCUUCACAUCCUGGACAAGGUGGACCUGGAGGCGCAGGUGGGGCCGCAGGUACGGCCCGACGACGGGAAGGACGACAAACUGCAGUUUGACUGCGGGAUUCCCCAGCACAGGAUAGAAAGCUCCAUUGCCCUGAUGCGAGGUAAGAUCUUCGAGUCCCUUGACAACCGUGACCAGGCGACGGAGUCAUACCGGACGGCGCUGAAACUGGACGUGUACUGUGAGGAAGCCUUCCAGCUUCUCGUGUCCCACCACAUGCUGACUGCUCAGGAGGAACGUGAGCUGAUUGAGUCGCUGCCGUUUGCCAAGCAGUGUCCAGAAGAAGAAGUAGAGUUGGUUCGACUGCUGUAUGAAACCAAGCUGAAAAAGUAUGACAAGCCCAGAGAGCUGGAGAUCCCGACCAGUCUAGACCCGCUACAUGAGAACCUGGACGUGGUGGUGAACCAGGCAGAGAGAAACUACUACAACUGUAACUUCAGAACUGCCUACAAAAUCACUUCUAAAGUUUUGCAACAGGAUCCAUACCACAACACAUGUCUUCCACUGCACGUAGCCUGCCUCACCGAGCUCAAGAAAACAACAGAGUUGUUCUAUCUUGGCCACAAGUUAGUGGACCUGUAUCCCAAUGACCCUGUUGCUUGGUUUGCUGUUGGUUGUUACUACUUGACAGUGGGGGGAAAGCAUGACGUGGCCAGGAGAUAUCUCACGAAAGCCACCACCCUAAACAGAAUGUUUGGCCCUGCCUGGCUGGCGUUCGGACACUCCUUUGCAGAAGAGGCAGAACAUGAUCAGGCCAUGGCGGCCUACUUCACCGCUGCCCAACUUAUGAAAGGUUGCCAUCUGCCAGUGCUGUACAUUGGUCUGGAGUACGGCAUGACCAACAACCUGAAGCUGGCCGAGCGUUUUUUCAAACAGGCACUGAACAUCGCUCCCGAGGACCCCUUUGUCCUGCACGAGAUGGGCGUGGUGGCCUUCCAAAAUGGAGACCUUGAUACAGCAGAGAAGUUCUUCAUGGAUGCAUUGGAAAAGGUUCAGGCCAUUGAAAAGGAGAUGCUGACAGAGAAGUGGGAGCCACUACUGAACAACCUGGGGCAUGUGUGCAGGAAGCUGGAACGUUAUGAAGAGUCGCUGACGUACCACCGGCAGGCCCUGGUGCUCUGUCCGCAGAACCCCUCCACCAUGGCCGCCAUCGGUUUCGUGCACAGCCUGCAGAGUCACUUUGACCUGGCCAUUGACUACUUUCACAAGGCUCUGGGUCUGAGGAGAGACGACACCUUCUCUGUCACCAUGUUGGCUCAGACUAUAGAACUGUACAUAGGGGAGAUGAAACCUUACGAAGGCGCAGAGGAGCUGCCUGAGAAGUUUGAGGGGAUCCCCCUGCCGGAGUAUAACGUGGCUGACGUCGGCGAGGUGAAGCUGGGAGACGUGACAGCCGAGCUGAAGCUGGAGGGUGACGGACCCAUGAUGUUAGAAUCCUGGGGUCAGGACGCCAGCACAUCUUCACUGGAUAUAGAAGUGGAGAUGGAGGAUGGCUAAUCUACAUGCAUAUCCUCCCCUGCUCACUACAGUCUACACAAUUAGAUAAUGUGGUCACUGUCGCAUUUGUCUCGUCACGAAUAUGCAAAUGAGCUUGCUUCGAUUUCACAACACAAAUUGACUUUGUGGUCAUGAUAUCAGAGCAAGGUCAUUUGCAUAUUGGUUGUGAAAUUGGAGCAAUGUUAUUUGCAUAUUCGUGACGAGACAGUAACCGAUAAUGUCAGGAAUCUCCUUGGUGCUGAAAUGUGUGGCAUUGCUAGUACAUAACCAUGAGAUGGAAACCUUCCUCUCAAGAUUGUUUCUUUACAUUGGACAUCUUUAAAAUUAUUAAAAAAUAGAUAUAGAACACAAGUGGAGAUUGAGGACGGUUGAUCUGUAAGCGUAUACUCCCCUGCUCACUACAGUCUACAUCACGAGAUAAUGUCAGGACUCUCCUUGGUGCUGAAAUGUGGGGAGCUAUUGUUACAUAACCAUGAGAUGGAAACCUUUCCCUCAUCAUUGUUUUUUACAUUGGACAUCUAAAAAACUGUCAAAAAUAGAGAACAUGGUGUAUUCCCCAUCACCCUAGGUACCGCAAUCAUUUGAACAUUAGAUAUUGAUAAAAGACAUAGACAUAGACCCGAUAUUAUUAUAGUUCUGUGUACUUGUGCCACGUAAUCUGGGUUGUACCUUAUUUCUUUACGAGGCAGUGAACUUACUGAUCACCCCUUGUAGUUUUUACAAAAAGCCCUUUUGCAAUAGUAAUAGUAUGAAAAAUUUAUGGUUGAAAUUUACCACAGAUGUCUGCUCUUGAUAUCUGCUCUUCAUCUCGCAAUAGCAUCUUGUAAGACUUAAUUAUACAAAGGCUUACCUUUGUAGGUACAUUGUAUCAAUGUCAUGAAGGAACUGAUACAGAGAAGACUGUUACAGAGGAAAGGUAAAGAGUGUAAGUUUGUAAUCAUUAAGAUACAGUGGGGAUUGAACCCACGACCCUUGGACCAGGAGUCGGAUAGUUAGUCCACAAGCUAGUAACAGAAUUCAAGGCUUCUAAAUGUAUUUAAUGAACAGGGUGGAGUUUUAGUUUGAUUUGCAAUUGCUCAACAGUUGAAAGUCUUUACUAAAGAUGUGAGCCAAGAGGGUUGGAUCAGUCUAAAUGUUCCUUACAUCUAGAGAGAGAUAAAGAGGGACAGAAUUUCCUGUCUUUAGCAAACGUAAGACAAACAUCAGCAAUUUAUUCAAAACACACUAAAGCAGGGUUCAUAUUUCUCCUGAAAUACAUUGGUAGAAUGUUCAGUCAAAAAACGUACAAAACAAGCUGUUGUAUGAUUAAGAAGACACUGAUAAUAUUUUAAAAGCUGUAACAUUAAUGAUAUAAACCAAAAGUGUAGGACUACAUACAUUAGUGGUGCACGGUGAGUAAUGCUUGACAACAUUUUAUUAUGUUUCAACGUCAGUAUUGCAUUUUUUACAACCGAUACCACUGGCUCAAUUCCUGGGAAUCUUUCCUUUGUCUGUCAUAUAGAUUUUAGAUAAGUAAAUCUUAAGUUGGAUACCAACGAUUUGUCUCUUUAUUUACCAUAGAAGUAAAAUAGUUAAACUUUUAUCACAAUGUCUCUUUACAUACAUACAUGGACAUAAUAAUUAUGCUUUUUCAGCAUAUGUCAAAGGUGUCUUAGAACUGUAUACAACACUUAGUAUAUAACUGUAACUGCACAUUUACUAACCGCUCCAUGUUUUUAAGAGCUAAGUAAAGUACUUGCCCCUUUCCAGCAUACAAUAUAUGUUAAUGUAACAUAUGCUUCUCAAUGUAGAAAAGUUCUAGACAACCCAACUGUUACUGAAAGUGAAACAGUGCAGGAUUUCAUCAAAAACCAUGUAACAAUCUUUAGUCAGGAUCAACGUCUACUAAAACUGGGCGUCAUUUCAGAUACUAGUUUAAUGCCACUUGUGUUAUAUACAUGUACUUAAAAGUCACAAGCUUUUGUAUCACGUGCAAGUAUAUGUACUGUACAUUUGGA